UAUCGAUCAGUUAACCUUAUUUGUGUUUGAACAAAGUAGUCGGCUUUUGCUUUUGUUGUUAACAUAUAUCGAAAAUAUUGAAGCAAAGCUGUUUAGCAUUAUGGAUGAGAAUACCAAUUUGGAGGAGCAGCGGGAACGCAUUGAAAACGCAUUGAUCAGUGCAGUCGACGACAUCGAUCGCGAGCAUUUGCGCAAACUGCAGCUGACGAUGCACGGCUGUGCGAAACGCUGUUGUGCCGACAUGAAUGCCAGCGCCGAGGCCGUGCAACGUUGCGUCGAUCGUUGCCAGUUGCCGCUGACACGCGCUCGCUGCUAUGUGCAACAGGAGUUGGCCGAAUUCGAGACGCAGCUGGAGAAUUGCAUGCGUCAGUGCCAAGUGCCGAACGACGACGAUGCAGGCGGAAGAUCCGAGCGAUGUUCAGUCGAGUGUGUGGACAAAUAUGUGACGCUUUUGCCGGAAUUGCUGAGCACCAUGAGAAUGGCGCUUGACAAGGGAUUGUAGGGGAGUGUAAGAGGAAGAGGGAGAGGGGGAAAAGGGAGAAAUAGGUGGGGGAAAGAGAGAGGGUAGAAAGAGGAAGGGAUGGACAGAAAGUAAGAAAAAGAGAGAGAGAGAGAAAGAGAGAGAGAGAGAGAGAAAGAGAGUGAGAGAGAUAAAGAGGUAGAGAAAGAGAGUGAGCGAAGGAGAGAGAGAGAGAGAGAGAGAGAGAGAAAGAGAGAUAAAGAGCAAGAGAUAAAGAGAGAGAGAGAGAGAGAGAAAGAGAGAUAAAGAGAGAGAGGGAAAGUGAGAUAAAGUGAUAGAGGUAAAGAGAGAGAGAGAGAGAAAGAGAGAUAGAGAAAGAGAGAUAGAGAAAGAGAGAGAGAGAGAGAGAAAGGGAGAGAGAGGAAAAUAGAGAAAAAUAUAGGGAGAGAGAGAGAAGGAGAGAUAAAUAGAGAGAGAGAGAAAGAGAGAAAUUGAGAAAUAGAGAAACAGAGAAAAAGAGAGAAAAAGUGAGAAAAAAGAGAGAGAAACCGAGAGAUAUAAAGAGAGAGAGAAAGAGAGGCAGAGAAAGAGAGAUACAGAAAGAGAAAGAGAGAGAGAGAAAGAGAGAGAGAGAGAGAGAGAGGGAGACAGAUUGACAAAUAAACAGAGACAAACAAUGAAAAAGAUAGGUGAACUAAGAUAUAAACCUCGAGAAAGAGAAAGAGAUAGACGGGUUGAGAAAAAAAAGGUGGAGAAAAAAGAAACAGGCUGACAGAUAAAGAGACAGAUGGAGAAAUUUAAAUAGAAAAAAAAUGUAAAGACAGACAGACAGACAGACAAAAAGCAGAAUAGAAGAUUUACUAAGAAAGAGAUAAACUAACAUAUAGAAAAAGAGAUAGCAAAAUAAACGGGCUGCGAAAGAGACAGAUGAAGACGUAAAGACAGACUGGUGAAAAAAAAGUUAGACAGAAAGAGGAAGUCAAGUAGGGAUAAGGUGGGCAAUGAAAGAUAUACGGACGGAGUAAAAUAUAGAUUAAUAGACAUUAAUGGAAAUAGAUAAACGAAAGAAGCAAGGCGUAGCAGACAGACGGAGUCAGACAGAGAGAGAAAGCAAUAGAUUUACAGACAGAUUGAGAAAAAGACAGACAUAGACAUUGUAUAUAUGUAAAUAGAGACAGUCGGGCCGCAGACAGAUAAACUGUGACAGACAGUCAUAAAGAGUUACACGAAUUACACGAAUAUGAUGAAUUGUGCAAGAGAUAGCGAAUUAGUUAAUUAAAAUAGCUGCAAAUGAAUCAGUGCUUAUCAGUGACACGUUCACACGUUCUUCGGCGUUUUUGUAUAAAUAGCAAGCAGUCUGCCCCAAAACAGCAGUCGUGAAAAUAUCAAAACAAAACGAAAUGCGUUGUCCACUCUCAUUGCUGUCGCUGCUGCUGCUGCUGUUAUUGUUCUCCUCUGGCGUGUUCAGUGAAGACCUAACACCAGAGGAAAAAAAACUAGAAGAGUCGAUCAAUAAGGUGUUGGAAAAGCAGGGAUUGCUGGAAGAGAAUCUUUCCAAAACUGUGGUGACGGCAUUGAGCAAGGAUCCGGUGCAGUUACGUCGCUUGGAUGAAUUGAUAAACAAUGCGGCGCUUCAGUAAUACAAAUUAAGUUUGUAUACAUAUAUGUUAUGUAUGGACGUGUAUGUGGUGAAGAAAUGCAAUAAAUGAGCUUGCUAUAAAGUUUAUGGCAAGCCAGCAACAACAA